AUGAGCAUAAUUGUAGCUCUCGUGAUGUGCUCCCUUUUGUUCCUUUGUAAAUCAGACGAUUUGACGUCAAAGAAUUCGGAAAAUCUUUUAAAUAAAAGUUUAAUAGAUAUACUAAAUUACAAUUUCAGUGUAAAUGAUGUUAUGGGAAUAUUUGAAAAUAUUUUUAAGAACAGCGUUGAUGAUUUUAAAAUUGAAGAAGAAAACCAUGAAAUAAAAAAUCUACAGUUUAAGAAGUAUAAUUUUGAUCAGCAUAAUUAUAACUUUAUGUACACCUCCUUUACGGACUACUGCCUAAAGGAAGUUACAAGCGACAAGUGCUACGAAUACUUGAAUAAAGAUCAUAUGACAAACAUUUUUAAAAACGUGAAUCACAAGUUCUAUUCUCGUUUUAGUAAAGAAAUAAAUGAAUUAAGAUACUAUACAUUCGAAAUAGAAAAAUUAUUAAAGAGAAAAGAUGAUUUGAAUGAUAAAAUUUUACGAACAUUUGAUGAAAUUAAAAAUUCAAAGAGUUCAUUAACAAAAGCAAUGACAAAGAAGUCAGGUAAAACAUUACCUAUUAUUAAAUACUUUGAAGAAAUGUCGUAUAAUUUGAAACAUGCAAAUAAAAGUUUAAGUUUUUAUGAUAUGGUUAUACAGUAUGGAAAUGAUUUAAAUUGUAUUAUAAAAGGUGCUUUAGUUGAAUAUAUAUAUCUUUACAAGCAAACAAAAAAUUAUCAAAAAAAAUUAGAAAAAUAUAUAGAAAAGAAUGCUCGAGUUUUAUCAAAGAUGCAUAAGAAAAUUAUUUUGAGUAUUUUUUACAUGAUUUCAGAUAUGAAUAAAACCAAUGAAAAAAUAGACAAUAUAAUUAAUAAAAAAGUAAACGAAUUUAAUGAAUGGGUAAGUUACGAAAAUUAUAAUUAUGUAAAAAAACUAAAAAUAUUGAAAUCAAAUGUUGAUUUUAACCUUGAUGAUAUUAAUGAACUUAUUGAUAAUUCAAAAGAAAAAUUAGAAAAAAAUAAAAUCGCUUUUGUUAAUAUGAGCAAAUAUUUAUCUUUUCAAAAUCCAAGUAAAACAAUUAUGUCCAUUAUUCAUUUUCUUAAUAAUAAAUAUUCCAAAGAUGUUAAUAUAUUUUUUAUAUAUAAUGAAGAAUAUAUGAAUUUUAAUUUUGAUCAAGAAAAAAAAAAAAUCAAACCUUGUAAAAUUAAUAUUGAUACAAAAUCAACAAAUAAUUUUAAUUUUGUUCAUUUAGAUUUUAUGGAAACAUCUAAAUAUGAAAAUUUACUAAACUCAAUUACCAAUGAACAAAAUGAUCUCAAACAUGUAGACAGACAAAAAAUUGAAAAUAUUGUAAAUGAAAUAUUUCAUCCAGAUGAACAAGGAGAAGAUAAUAAUUGGAUUAAAGAAAAAGAAUUUGAGGAUGCUAAAAGUAAAAUUUCUUAUAGUAAUCUGAAUGAGGAAGUAAAAUUGUAUACAAGCAAAAUGGAAAAAAGUAUUGAUGACACAAUUAAUGAUUAUUAUUUUUUUAAACCAACUAUUAAAAGAUACAUACAAAGUGUUAGGACACUUUUAAGAAACGCCAUUUUUAAUUUCAAUAAAUAUAUUUAUUCUUUUGAAAAAAAUUUUACCAUACAUGUGAGUGAUAGUUAUAGGGACUCUUCACUUGCCACCGACAGGGGAGACAAAGCACCUUCCGACAGGCAGCACGACUCGAAGGAAAGAAAUAAAAAGCCACAACUGGGUUCAGAAUUAGGUGUUGAAUUGAAUGCGGGGUUAAAUUCCGAGUUAAGUGAUGAGUUAGGCGGCGAGUUAGAAAGCGAAUUGGAGAGCGAGUUAGGAAGCGAGUUAAUUGGCGAAUUGGGUGAAGAGUUAGGGGGUGAAGUGGGAGCUGAUGUAACAGAGGGCGUGGAAAAGGAAGCGGAAGAUGGUGCAAAAGAGACUGAGAAUUCUAGCGAAAAUAUCUCCAACAAUAGAGUCGAAAAUGAGGUCAAAAAUGAGGCAAAAAAUGAGGUCAAAAAUGAGGCAAAAAAUGAGAUUAAAAGUGAGGCAAAAAAUGAGGUCAAAAAUGAGGCAAAAAAUGAGAUUAAAAGUGAGGCAAAAAAUGGGACUGAAAGUAAAAGCAAUAACCAAGGAAAAAACAUCCAUGAUGAGGACAAAAAAGGAGAAUCUAAGAAUAAAGACAAAUUCGAAAAUAAUAAGGAUAGUGAGCAGUAUAACGAGCAAGAUGAUGAACAGAGUAGUGGAGGCGAUGGUGAACGAAAUAAUGUAGACGAUAAUGAAGAGAGCAGUGAAAACGAUAAUGAAGAGAGCAGUGAAAACGAUAAUGAACAGAGUAGUGAAGACGAUAAUGAACAGAGUAGUGAAGACGAUAAUGAACAGAGUAGUGAAGACGAUAAUGAACAGAGUAGUGAAGACGAUAAUGAACAGAGUAGUGAAGACGAUAAUGAACAGAGUAGUGAAGACGAUAAUGAACAGAGUAGUGAAGACGAUAAUGAACAGAGUAGUGAAGACGAUAAUGAACAGAGUAGUGAAGACGAUAAUGAAGAAAACGAUGCAGAUGAUAAUGAUUGUGCAUAUGAAAAUAAUGAUGCAGAAAAAUGCGGAUGCGGCUCUAACGAAAAAACUACGAGCAGCAUGUCCAUAUUUCAAAGCGGAACUCUAAAAUACCUAUGGAGGAUACCUUUUAUUAAUAACCUAUACAAUAUGUGGAAUAAACAUAAAAACAAGCGAGCAAAUAAAAAGGAAGUUGAAGAUAUUGACAUAUAUGAGGUAGACAAAGAGGAAAUGGAAAAAAUAUUCACCAAUUUCAGUAACUUGAAUUAUGAAGAUUCGAUAAAAAAAAUUAAAGAAAAUAUUUUUUAUGCCUUACCAGAUAUUGAAUAUAUUUUAAAUGUUUUGCGAAUAUAUAAAGAAAACAAAGAAAAAAAUAAAGACAAAAAUUUUUUUUAUGAUGCAUUUUAUGGAAAUGAUUAUAUAAUUAUAAAAUCAAAAGGUGUACAUGUAGAAACAUUUAUUUAUCCUUAUUUUGAAACGUUAAAUUUGCAAUUAAAUGAAGUAGAAACAUGCAGUUCGAAGGAUUAUUAUACGUGUAUGAAAAAAUACGUUCGAGAUAAUAUUAAAAAAGAACUUAUAAAUGAAAAAAUAGUGUUUGUUUAUUUAGGAAUCUUUAAAGACGAAGUAUUCAAAUUGCCAAAAUUUAAAAUUGUGGAUGAUUUAAAAAAAGCUCAUUUGAAACAAUUUUUAGAAAACCCAUAUGAACAUAAUUUUUUAAAUAAUUUUUUUGUUAAAAAAUAUGAAGAAGAAUAUAUUUUUUUUCAAAAAUUAAGAAUUUUUACCUUAUAUCAUUCCAAAUAUAAAAAUUCAAAUAUAUAUGGUAUUGAUUUCAACUUUUACGUUUCAUAUUUUUCAGAUGCAGACUUAGAAUAUUUACCAUUAUCCUACUACCAUGAUUCCAUAAUUUAUUUUAAAGUAAUCCUUGCUACUUCGAAAUAUGGCUAUCAAGAAAUAGUUCCAGUAGAUGAUGAAAUAAUAAAGUUUGGUCUAAUGCUUUCUUUAGAUAAUAAAAAUAAAAAUGUUCAUUAUUUAAUUUUAUCAGACGUGAUAAAUGAUACAGAUUAUAAUUUGGUUAAGAGCAAAACUGGGGUUGUCAAAAUUUGUGAAAUAUCUUACAAAAAAUUUAAAAUAAAAUUGAUAAAUGAAAAAUAUAAAGUUCAAGUAACAAGAAACAUGAAAAUUAUUUUGCAAAAAGAGGUUACUUUUAAUAAUAGCAAAAAGAGAACACUGGAUUAUGUAGAUACAUUUUAUGAUAAGAUGAAUAAAAUUAUGAAAAACAAUAUGAAUCUGGAACUAUUCGGAAAAACGUUCUUUGUUCAUUUACAAAGGAUAUAA